AUGGUUCCGAAUUGGGAUCUAGAUUGUGGGUUGGAAGAGAUGCAGCUUGCAGCGUUAGCACAUUGUCUAGAUACUUGGAGGAUCUAUCCACUGGAUAGGAAGUUUGUGGCGAGGACUUGUGUGUUGCACAGUCACAUGUAUUGUACAGGUAACAUUCGAGACGAUUUUGGCAUUUACUUAAGUGUGCUUGACGAGUUUGAUUUCGAGUUAGUGUACAUGACCACAAGGCAUAGAGACUUCGUGGAGCAGACAGAUGAGUUGAUGAUAGAUGGAGCCCAAUCUGAUUCUUCUGAUUCAAACCUUUCAAAAAGUGAGUCAGAAGAGGAGCCAUGGGAGAGCUCAGCCGUCGAUAGCAUUCUGAGAAAUGCUAUGUUUGAAAAAAGGAAUGAAAUCUCCGAGGCUAAGGAUGAGCCAAUGGAGGAAAGUGAGCCUUGGGUGGAGUCCAUGGCCGGUAUCAUUGUAAUCUCAAGUGACGAUGAGGAUGAGCCUAUGGAAGAGUCCGAGGUAGAGGUGAUCCUAAUUGAGUCAAGUAAUGACGAGUCCAUGGAAGAGAGCAAUGCUGAAGUGGUUCAAGCAAGCCCAAGUCAAGUUCAGAGGAACAAAGACCGCCAAGAAUUUGAGCCGAUGAGGGCGUUGGGCUCUUGUGGUGGGGGUGGGUGCGUGGGAGGUGCACUCGUGAAGCAAGACAAGGUCGAAAGACAUGUGUUUUGGGCUGGGAGUUGGCAGCCAAGACAUGGCAGCAGCGUAGCGCAAGGUAGACAUGCGCAGUGCAGCGCGCAAGGCAUGCGCAAGGAAGGCAGCGCAGCGCACAAGGCAGACAUGUGCAGUGCGUUAGGCAAGCUGCGCAGCGCAGCACAGCGCAAGGCAGCGCGCAAUGCGCAAGGCAAAUUGCGCAGCGCACGUGGGUAG